AGUGUCGAGUGUGUUGUGUCUCCAGUCCAGCAGGAGUCGCUCUGCAGCUCUUCAGUCCGCCGAUAAACCCACUAAAGAAAGAAAGAAAGUCAAACAUCAAGCGCUGCGUGUUCACAUCACUCUGAUUUUCUCUCUUGAGUGUUUUAAACAGAGUGUUGUGUGUGUGUGUUUGUGUUGAGAUGUUGAGGAUGACGUCACAGAUGUGCUGUAAAUCAGUGGGAACUGAUCUGUCCAUGCUGGAUAUUGAUGAUUUCAUCACAGAAAUCUGUCAGCUGAAGAAAGAGGUGGCGUUACUGGAGGAAAAGCUGAGGACAAGAGGAGAUGAACUCAACACUGAGAAGUCCAGACACACACAGGACUCGGAGCUCAGCCUCACUUUACUCUGUUAUACUGACACAAACCCCACAGACGCUCAGGACACUGUGUGUGACAGUAAUCACACCUUGAAUCAGGAUGAAUCUACUGAUCAAACCUCCACAGAGUCUCUGGAUUCUGUCUGUAACGCUGGAGAACAGCAGAUCCUGAACACCAGACCACUCAACAUGUGUUCUGUCACACUGGUGGACUGCAGGAAACUGAUGGAGAUGGAAACACAAACACCAGCAGAAGAAGAAGAAGAAGAAGAAGAUCACACUGAUGAAGAUGAGAAUCAUGACGAUGAUGAUGAUGAUGAUUUCAUCCCUUCAGAUGAGAGCGGUGAUUCAUGUUGUGAUGGAGAAACGGCCUCUACAUCAAAACAGCGACUGACAGCACAAACUCUUUCCUGCAUCACCUGUGGAAAGACAUUCAGUUCACAGAGACGUUUAGAGACACAUGAGAGAAAACACACAGAACAGAAACUCUUCACCUGCACCAGAUGUGACAUCAGCUUUCCUACCUUACAAGAGAAGAAACUUCACUCACAAGAGCACAGACACCAGAAACACUUUGAGAAGAAGAAACAGUUUCACUGUCAGCAGUGUGGGAAGAGGUUUUUUACAACUUCUUCUAAUAUGGGAGCUCACAUGAGGACACACACUGGAGAAAAACCUUUCCACUGCAGUCAAUGUGACAAAUAUUUCAGCAGCAAACAAUAUCUUUUUACUCAUAAGAGAAUUCACACGGGAGAAAAACCCCAUAAGUGUCCUCACUGUGACAAGAGAUUUACUGAUGUAUCUGGUCUGAAGACCCAUGUGCUCGUGCACAGUGAUGAGAAAAGGUUUCAGUGCAGUGAAUGUGGAAAAAGUUUUAAGCAGCCAAUUGCUCUCACAAUACACCAAAGAACUCACUCUGAGAAACUCUAUCAGUGUUCACACUGUGAUAAACGUUUCAGUCAGAAACCUCAUCUGAUAACUCAUGAGAGAAUUCACACUGGAGAGAAACCUUACCUCUGCUCUCACUGUGGAAAGAGAUUUUCUGAUCCAUCUCAUUUCAGAGAACAUCAGAGAGUUCACACUGGAGAGAAACCUUAUGACUGCAGUGUUUGUGGGAAGAGUUUCACUCAACAUGGUAACUUACUAAAGCACCAGAGAAUUCAUACAGGUGAAAGGCCCUUCAAAUGUUCUCAGUGUGACAAAACGUUUGCUCGAUCAGAUGUCCUAAAAACCCAUGAGAGAGUUCACACUGGAGAGAAACCUUAUCACUGCUCCAUCUGUGGAGAGAGAUUCACUUAUUUAGGAGGUUUUCAGACUCAUCAGAAGAAACAUGCUGAAGAACAAACUGCACUGGAGUCAUCGUAGUGUCUCAAUCUGUUAAAAACAGUCAAAGUCUGAGUGCUCGUUCUGCCGGUGUUGGGGUCAAUAUCACUUUAAAAGGGACAGAUCACCCAAAAAUCUAUAAUCUCUCUCAUGUGGUUGUAAAUCUGUAUGUGAGUCUUUCUUCUAUGGAAAACAAAAGAAGAUAUUUUGAGAAAUGCCUCAGUGGUUUUGUGUUCAUACAAGGGAAGUCAAUGGGGUUUAGUGUUGUAUGGUUGUCAACAUUCUUCAAAUUAUCUUCAUUUUUUUUCUGCAGAAGAUAGAAACUCAUACAGGUUUAGAAAGUGGAUUGGUUUCGGGCCUGAUCAUUAAUCUGGUUUAAUAAAGAUCUCAGUUUCAUGUGGUUAGUUUAGAUAGCUUAGCCUGUAUCUCCACCACGCUGGAUCAAUAAAAGCCAUAAUGUUUAAGUGAAAGCAUAAGAAUCAUGUGAUUUCAACAUCGUUUUUCAAUACAGUCAAAGCGUUUGUGUCUACUGUACACGCAUGAAUGCUAUACGGAUUUUGAUUAAUCCAAACUCAAUCUGCAAAACAUGCGGUUAACUAACGUUUAUCUGUGAAGUACUUGAGAAGACAGGCUGUGUUUGGAAAAAAAGUGUCCUUAAAGAUAGUAUGUUGUGCAGUUUUUAUUAUUUACUUAGUAGUACAUCCAUAAAAAAUAUGUCCUAAUGGCAGUCCUGCCAAUCUGAAGAUGUGUUGAUAUUCAGCGGUAUACAGCUCAUGUGGAUUGUGUUAUACUCCUGCCAGUUCCACCAUGUAUAUAUGUAAUUAAGCUACAGUAGAAGGUUUUUUUAAGGAGUGGGAUUCAAAAUGGUGUAUUAGAUUUUUUAGUUGAAUGGUUGAAUGUUUAUAGAAUUUGUAGGAAAUUAGAAAUUUACAAAUAAAGUUAAAGCGGUCUUUGAAUUGU